GUGGGAUGCAGAGCGACACACACCAGACCUGAUCUGAUCUGAACACACAUUCAGGUUUCAUCGUUCAGAGAAGAAGCAGAAAUGACUGGGGUUUGCCUUCUGAGACUGAUUCUAGCUGUAGCAGCUCUCACGGUUUGUAGAGCCCAGCGCAGACUCUCUCCCAGCGGUUUAUAUGAGAAAUCAGGUCUUGUGUGUCUGAAUGGAGGGACGUCGGUCUUGUCUCCGUCGGGGCGUCACAUGCUCUGUUUCUGUCCUGAUGGCUUCAGCGGCUCCAGCUGUGAAAGAGAUGAAUCCGUCUCCUGCUUUGACGGGAUGGGUCUGCACUACAGAGGUAGCGUGUCCAAAUCAGAGAGUGGGCGGGAAUGUCUGGAAUGGGAUCCAGAGAGUGUGCGGGAAUUUGGAGCCUAUCCCAAGAAUCUUGGCCCGGGACGACACAACCACUGCAGAAACCCAGACUACAGCAGCAAACCGUGGUGUUACGUACGGACCGGGUCUAGGAUCGUGAAAGAGGACUGCGAUAUUCCACGAUGUGCAAAAGAUCACGGCUGGCAGUGUGGCCAGAGGGAGGAGCGGAACAUGAAGGUAGUGGGCGGGGCUCUGAGCGCCGUGGAGCGUCAUCCGUGGAUGGCGGCGGUGUUCAGCAGGAGCGCGCGCGGGAGAGCGUUCACCUGCGGCGGGAGUCUCAUCUCGCCCUGCUGGGUCCUCACGGCCGCGCACUGCUUCCCCGACGGCACGAAGACUAGCCUCCAUAAACUCUCAGUAUUUGUGGGGAAGAACGCCAUCAAUGAGACGGAUGCUCAGAGAGAGCAGGAGCUCAGGGUCUCACAGCUCUUCAUCCAUGAACACUUCGACAACACAGACGGCAACUACAACAACGACAUCGCGCUGUUGAAGAUCCGCAGUCCUGACGGUCGCUGUGCGAAAGAGUCCAGUUCAGUCAAGAUGGUCUGCAUCCCUGAGGUGCAUCAGUCACUCAGUGUUGGGACGUCCUGUGAGGUCACUGGAUACGGCAGAGAACAAGAAGGGUUGUGGUAUUACUCUCAGUAUCUCAGAGAAGCAAAGCUCAAGCUGCUGUCCCAGGACGUGUGUUCGAGUAAAGAAUAUUAUGGCAGCAUGAUCACAGACAACAUGUUGUGUGCCGGGAGUCCUGACUGGAGCGCGGACGCGUGUAAGGGUGACUCCGGCGGGCCGCUGGUGUGUCGUGUGCGUGACCGUGUGUUUCUGUUCGGUGUGGUGAGUUGGGGAGAGGGAUGUUCCAGACAGUCCCGUCCAGGAGUUUAUACUAAAGUCAGCAACUAUUACAACUGGAUCCUGGAGAAAACCGGCCUGCCGUCACUCAGCUGAGAACGAGAGCUCACCUGCUCUCAUUCAACACAUAAAGAACAUGAACGAACGACUGCAGACGAGUCGUGCUCAAACUCAGUUACUCAUCAAUCAUUCUUACCUUCCAGUCUAAAGCCAAGAUAUAACCACAGCUCAAAGGACCUCUCUCAGUGUGGAAAAUGUUUGUGAAACUAUAGUUUUGCAUUGGUAUUCAAAUAGUGUUUUCACUUUGUUUUUAUCAUUUUAUAUUGCUGUGUAACUAUCAAUGAAAAAAGACUAUUAUUAGGCCAGUAAACAAGUACUGUGUACAUUCUGAGUAAAUGUUGUGUAAAAAGUGUUUGCAUAAUAUGUGUGUAUGCAUAUAUAUAUAUAUAUAUGUAUUUCCUAAUAAUAAAUGAAUUUUACAUAAGA